AUGUCAGAGGAAAGGGAGCGGUAUCAAAUGUUUGAACAACUGAUGGUCGAGUUGACAGCCAAGUCUGAUGAUCUUGGCCUUCUCAUAGCCCAGUUUCUCGCAGGUUACUGGCAUACACGGAUGAUUGAAUUUCUUUCGCAGCGUGACUCGUAUGAUGAGGAGCAUUACGAAGAAGCCAGAAUAGCUGGCAUCAUUCUGGAAGAAGGGUCGGUUGAAAUUCCUGAGCUGGUAUAUGCAGUGGCGAAUACUGUUGAAGAAGAAGAAUGA